UAGCCAUCGGGGCUUUUUUAUAAACUUUACUAUUCUUUCAGCAGACCUCUUGGAAGUCUAAACCAUGGAGGACGAGGAGAGCCGAGCGCAGCUCCCGAGUGAGAAGCAGGUGCCCGGCUCCGAAGGUGGUGACGAGUGGAAUGUCACCGACACCAACCGACUGCGGCACUUCUUGUGCUUCGGCUCAGAGUGUGGUGCCUACCACAUCAAGGAGCAGAAGCUGGGCUUUGAGAAUGCAGCAGCCUUACUGAGACUGAUUGAAGAGGGCAGGGGUUGUGAAGUUGUUGAAGAAAUUAAAGCGUUUAGCCAGGAGGGCAGAGCGGCAAAGCAGGAGCCCCUGCUCUUUGCCCUCGCGGUUUGCUCGCAGUGCUCUGAUGUGAAAACGAAACAAGCGGCGUUUAAAGCUGUCCCUGAGGUGUGUUGCGUACCAACCCAUCUCUUUACUUUCAUCCAGUUUAAAAAAGAUCUGAAGGAGGGCAUGAAAUGUGGCAUGUGGGGCCGUGCACUGAGGAAAGCUGUUGCAGAUUGGUACAAUGGAAAGAAUGGCAUGGCUCUUGCUUUAGCAGUUACAAAAUAUAAGCAAAGAAGUGGUUGGUCUCAUAAAGAUCUUCUGAGGUUGUCCCACCUAAAACCUGCCAGUGAAGGAAUUGCUAUAGUCACUAAAUAUAUUACCAAGGGGUGGAAAGAUGUCCAAGAAGCUUAUAAAGAGAAAGCAGUUUCUGCUGAGACUGAAAAACUCCUCAAGUAUCUGGAGGCUGUGGAGAAAGUAAAACGCACAAAAGAUGAAUUGGAAGUUAUUCAUUUGAUAGAGGAAUAUGGUCUAGUUAGAGAGCAUCUCCUGACAAAUCACCUGAAAUCUAAAGAGGUUUGGAAGGCGUUGCUGAAGGAGAUGCCCAUUUCUGUAUUGUUGAGAAAUUUGGGAAAGCUGACAGCAAAUGCAGUGCUUGAACCACGAGGUUCAGAAGUGGCAAUAGUAUGUGAAAAACUGAGAAAUGAGAAAUUGCUGAAAAAGGGUAAAAUACAUCCGUUGCAUAUUUUGGUUGCAUUAGAAACAUAUAAAGCUGGACAUGGAAGCAGAGGGAAGCUUUGGUGGCGUCCUGAUGAAGACAUUUUAGAAGCUUUAGAUGCCUCAUUUUACAAAGCUUUCAAGACACUUGAACCAACAGGAAAACGCUUCCUACUUGCAGUUGAUGUCAGUGCAUCAAUGACACAAAAAGUUUUGGGCAGUGUGCUCAAUGCAAGCACUGUUGCAGCAGUGAUGUGUAUGGUUGUAGCACGUACUGAGAAGGAUUCCCACAUUGUUGCCUUCUCACAUGAAAUGGUCCCGUGUCCAGUGAUGGCUGAUAUGACGUUACCUCAAGUUUUAGUGAAAAUGUAUGAAAUUCCAGUGGGUACCACUGAUUGUUCCCUUCCAAUGAUAUGGGCUCAAAAAACUGAGAGAGCUGUUGAUGUCUUCAUUGUAUUUACCGAUAAUGAGACCUUUGCUGGAAAUACUCCUCCUGCCACAGCCCUUAGAGAAUACAGAGAGAAAAUGGGUAUUCCUGCAAAACUGGUUAUUUGUGGAAUGACCUCAAAUGGUUUUACAGUGGCAGACCCAGAUGACAGAGGCAUGUUGGAUAUAUGUGGCUUUGAUACAGGAGCUUUGGAGGUCAUUCGAAACUUCACUUUGGAUUUGAUUUAAUUUUUCUAGGCAUUUGCUCUUCCCAGUGGGUCCACUGUUGGCAACAGACUUCACCCUGGGAACUCUCAGCCAAAAACACUUUGUUAGAAUAUGGCAUAUUAUAUAUACACAUAUCAGAAUGUUACGUGAGGUGGUGGCAGUUCAAGCAUCUCUGACUAGAGCUUCUCACUAAGGUGUUUGUGAGGUUGAACAUAACUGUGGUCUCAUGCAAAUCUAACAAAUUAAUUAAAACUCAGCGCUUGCAUCUCUAGUGUCAAAAGAGCUGUCAGUAGCCAGUGAUCCCUCUGCCCCUGGAGGUGGCACCACAUGUCACCACUGUCAUAUCUGGACUUGGUGCCACACAGGAACACCCUGCACCGCUCGGACACUCCUGGCUAUGCCUGUCAGUUGAAUCAGAUCGCCCUUCAGAACCCUGCAGCACAGGUGGCAGCCCUUUUCCACACCCUUUGAGAAAGGCAUCUCGACUCCUGAACCACCUUCCUUGUCUCCAGCAUGCUUAUUUUCCCAAGGCAGUUUGGUUUUUUUCCUAUCCAUGCGCUCAAGACUUUUCUUGGACUUAUUCCUGGAUCAGUCUAGGCACCAUGGAGCUGCAGUUUCCCAGAGCAUCAUCCCUUGAGUGAUACCCACAGUAACUAUGUGUGCUCAGAGUCCUGUGGCCCAUCAGCAGCCAGUCUGUAUCUGUUCCAGAGCGUAAACAGGACCCCUUGUCGUGACCAGAUGACAGCAGGGGCACAGUGUGCUGUACAAACCCUUGGCCCACUAAGCUUCAGCAUGGUCUGCCUGACCUGCUCCACAUCCACCCCGUCCCUGUUGUCCUCCAGUUCCACAGCAUCCGCUGAUUUGAAGAGAGGGAUGGUUUUGCUGGGGCCUGUGGAUGCCAGCACAGCAGAUGUUUCCGUGUCAUCAUUCCAGACCCUGCUCUUGCUGUCCACCAGUGCUGGAGUUGGCCCAAACGCCAGCUUGACCAAGUCCAGCUCCCCACUAGGGUAAGUGAAGAAGGCCACGGUGUUGACCCCCUCCUCAUGGACUUUGGAGUUGUUGUGCUGUAGAUACUCCCACA